GCAGGACCGUGCCUGCUCUGUCCCAGGCGCUGCUUCUGCUGCUAAACUGCAGCUCCGAAGCCGCUGGUACCGACCCUGCCCGCGGGCAGUGUUUGAGUGGCUCUGGGUGGGUCAGAGGGCCCGGAAACCUUCCGUGGUCACUGAAGGACAGAGCGGUGCCGCCUGUGUACAUUUUAAUCAUCAGUCAAGAUGGAUAUCCGAGGUGCUGUAGAUGCUGCUGUCCCAACAAACAUCAUUGCUGCCAAAGCUGCUGAAGUUCGGGCAAACAAAGUAAACUGGCAGUCAUAUCUCCAAGGUCAGAUGAUUUCAGGUGAAGACUGUGAAUUUAUUCAGCGAUUUGAACAGAAAAGAAAUCCAGAAGAAAAACAGGAGUUGUUGCAAUCAGAAGGCAAUCAAUGUGCUAAAACAUUUAUAAACUUGAUGACUCAUAUCUCCAAGGAACAGACUGUUCAGUACAUUCUGACUAUGGUUGAUGAUAUGCUGCAAGAAAAUCAUCAGCGUGUUUGCAUCUUCUUUGAUUAUGCAAAACGUGGUAAAAACACUGCAUGGUCCUAUUUUCUGCCAAUGUUGAAUCGACAAGAUCUCUUCACUGUGCAUAUGGCAGCAAGAAUUAUUGCCAAACUGGCUGCUUGGGGGAGGGAGCUUAUGGAAGGCAGUGACUUGAAUUACUAUUUCAACUGGAUUAAAACUCAGCUUAGUUCACAGAAACUACGUGGUACAGGGGGUUCUGUGGAUUCAGGAGCAGUCUCCACAAGUGAUAGUUCCCAGUACGUACAAUGUGUUGCUGGAUGUCUGCAGCUGAUGCUCAGGGUCAAUGAAUACCGCUUUGCAUGGGUAGAAGCAGAUGGAGUAAAUUGCAUCAUGGGUGUCUUGAGCAACAAAUGCGGUUUUCAGCUGCAGUAUCAGAUGAUUUUCUGUGUGUGGCUGCUGGCAUUUAGCCCUCAAAUGUGUGAAUAUCUUCGUCGGUACAAUAUUGUCCCCGUGCUGUCGGAUAUUCUUCAGGAAUCUGUCAAAGAGAAAGUAACCAGGAUCAUCCUCGCAGCAUUUCGGAAUUUGUUAGAGAAAUCUACUGAGAGAGAAACUCGCCAAGAAUAUGCUCUUGCCAUGAUUCAAUGUAAGGUUUUAAAGCAGCUAGAGAAUUUGGAUCAGCAGAAAUAUGAUGAUGAAGACAUCAGUGAAGAUAUAAAAUUUCUACUGGACAAGCUUGGUGAGAGCGUGCAGGACCUUAGCUCCUUUGAUGAAUACAGCUCUGAGCUCAAGUCAGGAAGACUGGAGUGGAGUCCUGUGCACAAAUCUGAGAAGUUUUGGCGGGAGAAUGCUGUAAGACUAAAUGAGAAGAAUUAUGAACUACUCAAGAUCCUGACAAAACUUCUGGAAGUUUCUGAUGAUCCACAAGUGCUGGCUGUAGCUGCUCAUGACGUGGGAGAAUAUGUACGCCACUAUCCCCGUGGGAAACGAGUGAUUGAACAGCUUGGUGGUAAGCAGCUGGUCAUGAACCACAUGCAUCACGAAGACCAGCAAGUUCGUUAUAAUGCACUGCUGGCUGUGCAGAAGCUGAUGGUUCACAACUGGGAAUACCUUGGGAAGCAGUUGCAGUCAGAACAACCUCAGACGGCCACCGCACGGAGCUAAACACUUCCAUCAGUUCAUGCAGUUUGUGCUUACAAUUUCAGUGUGUUUCUCUUUAAAUGAAUACAAAGGAAAUCCUGAAAUCACAUGCUCUUUGUCUGCUACGGGUGCAUAAACAUUCCAACUUUCCUCUAGUGUUGUUGGCUUACUAAAAAUUUGUUUGUUCAACUAGUUCUGCUGAUUAUGCCUAUUAGCUUCUUGUUCUAUUCUGAAUGUAUAUGAAGAAAUGUGGCUAAUAUAUUGCAUUUGUUUUAUGUAUUUAUUCUCAUAAUAAAGACUAUUAUUAAAGGA